ACCCUAUCUCCACGGUUACUGCACCCUGCUGUCCAUCAUUCUCAUCAAGCAGCUCACCACCACGCACAGCAGCAAGGAACCAUGGUCAUGGACCUACAUGAACAGGCUCCAGUCCCAGUCUCCUAUACGGUGACUGCUGUCCCUCCUCAUCGUGGUCUAGUUACUCCUCUGUAUACAGGACAGCACCUCCCUCCUGUCUGCUCCUCUCAACAACAGAUCCCAGCCUGCAGUGUGGUCUUCAGUACCGGACAACACUACCACCCUAUGCUGGGGGCGUGUUCGGUGCAGCAUGUGCCCUAUGUCUUUCCCUCGCUCCUCUCCAGUGAUGCCCCUUUCCUCCUCCACCCCCCCACCUCUCACCACCCCCCCCACCUCCCUCCACCUGGACAGUUCCUUCCCUUCCAGACACAACAGGCCAGAUCGCCGUUGCAGAGGAUAGAGAACGAGGUGGAGCUGCUAGGAGAGCACCUGUCUGUGGGAGGGGGGUUCAGCUACCCUCAUGGAGGACACCACCCUUCCUCCCUGCCCCCCUCCACACCCCUCCAGUUCCUCUCUCACCACGACCCCCUGUCACAGGAGCUGUUCGGAGUGCCGUACCCCCACUUCAUGCCUCGGCGAAUCACAGGACGUCGUUACCGUUCCCAGCAGACCGUGCCCCCGCCCUACCACCCUGGCUUCCUGCCUUACUUCCUGUCGAUGCUUCCAGUGGGUCCUACAGUCGGUCCUCCCAUCAGUCUGGAGUUAGAUGUGGAUGAUGGAGAGGUAGAGAACUAUGAGGCCCUGUUGAACCUAGCAGAGCGUCUGGGUGAGGCUAAACCAAGAGGACUGACCAAGGCUGACAUAGAACAGCUGCCCUCCUACCGCUUCAACCCCAACAACCACCAGUCAGAACAGACACUGUGUGUGGUGUGUAUGUGUGACUUUGAGUCUCGUCAGCUGCUAAGAGUCCUGCCCUGUAACCAUGAGUUCCACACCAAGUGUGUUGACAAGUGGCUUAAGGCUAACAGAACGUGUCCUAUCUGUCGGGCGGACGCCUCCGAGGUCCAGCGGGAUUCUGAAUGAGAGCCCCAACAGAUCUAGGAUCAGCUCAGCCCUCCCCACAUCCUAACCUGACGCUUUAGGGAGGGAAACACAACAGACCUUAGAUCAGUGUCUGGGGGCAACGCCCCCCCGCCAAGUGACUCUUUAAGAAAUAGACUAUGCCUUCUUCCUAUGGUGAUAGUGUUCUAAUAAUGGCCUUUGACACACACACACACACACACACACACACACACACACACGUAUGAGGGGAAGUUGGACUUUUUCCUUUGUACUGUCUUACCUUCCUGCAUUGUGAUUGGAGUCGUCUUCUUCUGAACGCUGAGAGAAUCUCGGCGAUUCUAAAAAGUUCCUGCGUUGUUUUACUAACUAACCGAAUGGAGAAUAUGGAAGUCCAAAGAUUGACUAUUAUGACAUCGUUGUUGUUAUUGUUAAUAUUGAUAUUCUGUUUAUGAUUAAUCGUUCAGAACCUGGAUUGAGAUGCGUGUCCGCUAGUAGGGUAUUUUGGUUUAUAAAGCUCUUUUUGUUCAGUUACCGUUAGUGUGUGUGUGGUUGCGUGCGCAGAACACCAAUGGUUACGUCUGUAUUAUUUCUGCAGGACAGUACACUGGCCUCCUGCUCAUGCUGCGGUCGCCGCUCUGAUUGGUCAAUGCUGUGCACUGAGACAGGAAGUGUUUCAUGAGGAAGGGGAGGGGCUUACAGGGAGGAGAAGUGGAACAGAACCAGAGUAGUUAAACUCUGUAUCUCUCUCUCUCCUUCUUUUUCCUCUCCCAGUCAUCCCCCUCUCUCUCCUUCUUUUUCCUCUCCCAGUCCAUCCCCCUCUCUCUCCUUUUCUGUUCACUCACUCAAUGGUUCAGUGAGAUGGAUCAGCCUCUAUUAUAUACUCAGCUUGCCCUCACACACACACACUGAACACACACCCCCACCCAGCAAGGGGGUGUGUGUGUGUGUGUGUGUGUGUGCAAGCUGGUAUGAAUUGAUGUUAAACAGCCAACAUUGUUUUAUUGGUCAGUUACUUAGAAAGUGAUCAAAUCUCCAAAUGAAACCCUAUUCUAAAAUAUAUUGCUUACAGGCCAGAAGGAAUGAACUAUCUAGGGAAUAUGGUGAUGUUUGAGAUGCAGCCAUCAUUGUUCACUGGUUGUUAAAAUCAUAUUGAGAUGGUGACAUUAUUUGAAGUAUAGUUUAAGGCACAUAAUGAUGAUGAUGAUUUUAGCAUUUAGCAUUGUAGCAUCACAGUUAAGUUUUAACCCCUUGGUAAAAUGUUUUGCCUGUCGACCACAAGAGUGAGAAUACCAGUCCCUGGUUUUCAGUCUGUCUUCAUUCAC